AUGGCAGCGGCGGCGUACCGGGAGUGGCCGCUCCUCCCCGACGACAUCACCCGGGACAUCUUCGCCCGCAUCCAGCCAGACGACCCUCUCUACUUCUUCCGGGUGAGCCACCUCUGCAAGGACUGGCGCCGCGCCCUCUCCGACCCGGAUUUCGCCCGCCGCCUCCACCAGCGCAACUUGGCUCCUCUACUCUUCGGCUUUCUCCAUGACCGCGACCACGACGAGGACCUCCCAACCUUCUUCCGCACGCUCGCUUCGCCCUUCUCCCCCAAGGACGUCCCCGAUCGCCGCGACUGGAGGGUGCUGGAUUACAGGCACGGCCGGGCCCUCUUCAUCUCAAAGCGCGACGGCGAGCUGGGGCGGAAAGACCUUCUUAUCUGGGAUCCCGUCACAGGUCUUCAGCGCCGCGUGCCGGUGGCCCCGCAGGCCAGCCGCAGCUGCUUGCCGGGCGCGGCCGUGGUCUGCGCGGCGCCUGGCUGCAACCAUCACCACCGAUGCAACGGGGGCGAAUUUCAAGUGGCGCUGGUGUUCUCUGAUAUCCCGGUCGACGACGAUGAUGAAGAUGAACCACAAAUUAAAGGUUUCCUCUAUUCAUCUCAGUCAGAUACAUGGGCCGCGGUGGCUACAUUCUAUGGCCUUUCUGAGUUCUUCGGGGAGAGACCCAGCGUGCUGUUAGGGAAAUCUCUGUAUUUCCUAUCAGAUGGGCUUGUACUCCUUGAGUUUGAUAUGUCUGCCAAUACACUGUCUGAGAUUGCAUUGCCCGACAUGGGUGAGGACUUUUGUGAGACUGAGAGUAGUCUUAUACUUGUGCAUGACCAGAAUGGAGGAAUUGGUAUCGUCGAGGCAACAGAUGGUUAUAUAUGCAUGUGGUCAAGGGAUACCAGUGACGAUGGCGAUGUCAGUUGGUCUAUUACCUGGACAUUUGAUCACUACGAUCUCGACGGAACUAUUGGAAUCGAUGGCCAGUCCUUACUUGGAUUCGUUGAAGGAUCCUCUGUCAUCUUUGUGGCUACAUCGGAAGGCACUUUUACAUUUGACCUGACCUCAGGGCUGGCUAAAAUGGUUGCCGAGGAAAAAAAUUUCAAAUUUGUGCUACCUGUUGUUAACUUGUGUGCCCCACUCAAUGGGCUCCAACAGAUUCAAGUUGAACAACUUCAUGAGCAGCCCAUGCCUAAUGAGGAGGACAAAUGUGAGCGGGGAAUCAAGGUUGCGGAGGAUGCUCUACAAGUGGCUGAGCAACUUUUUAUCAAGGGCUGGAAUGACGUGGAGUACAGGGACUUCAAUAGCGCUGUUCAGUGUCUCAAGGACUGCCUUGAGAUCAGGACUGGGCAUUAUGGAAAGUUUGCUCCAGAAUGUGCUAGCACGUAUUGCAGAUACGGAUGCGCUUUACUGUACAAAGCCCAGGAGAUGACAAACCUUGCUGAUGACCAAGGAGGAUAUUUGAGCCUGUCCGGUGAAAUGCUCGACAUUGCAAGAUCGAUAGUGGAGAAGAAUCCAGAAAGCACUACAGGGAUUGCUGAGAUCGUCAAUGCCCUGACUGAAGUCUUAAUUCAAAGGGAGAAGAAAGGGGCAACGCUAACAAAGUCUACCGAAGCAAAAACAGAAAGCAUCAAACGAGCCCACGUCAAGGAGACAUCUCCUGAAACACCCCGGAAAAGACAUCAGAAGGCUGUGGAUUCUGUUGCUAUGGAUAGAUCAUUUGAUGAUUCAGGGAUGCACUCACCAACACAAUCUGACUACUGAAUCGACUCUGGGUCUGGGACGAAGCGGGAGCUUGGAAAGGGGCUGCGUCAGUUUAUCGAUUAACAACAAGCACCAGCGAUGCAUUUGUUAGCAAUGUAGCUCAUGAUUUCUGGACCACUUUGGCAACUCUUCCUCUAGAUGCUAGACUACUUGUAGUGUUUGUCUUCGUGAUGGCAUGGUAAACUUGUCCCGGCACGUAAUAGAUGUGCUACAGACACCUCCUGGAUUUUGCUGCCAAACCUCCUCAACUCCUUGAGUAGUUUGAUGAUUACCUGUGGGAACUUGAUCAGGUAGCUAGUUCCAUCCCAUGAUGUGUUUCCUGCAAUAGAGGUGAUGGCAAGACCAUUGUGCGGACAAUUGUACCGGGUGUGUCUUGAUUUGCUAGUUCGAAAUUUGCUGACCCGGUCACAGUUGCUCGGAUUAAGCCAUAUAUUUGAUGUGGCGGAUAUGAAUUGCUCUUUUUGAUUGACUCUUUAACAGGAAAUUCUCACCUCUCUUGAUAAA